AUGUCGAGUCCACUAUUCGGUAUUGUCCCCGCUGGCCAAUCAUUAAUCACGGAGCCUUCUUCAACCCCCUCCCCUACCUCAUUACUCUAUGCUCUACCUACUUCAAAACCAUUUUCUCAUAUCGUCGUAUUCAUGCUACCCGGCAUCACACUGCCGCCGAAUACUGCCGCAGCAAUUUAUCUCGCCACCGCUGCCGACGUCGCUGCUGCUGCUCAAGCAGGCGGCACACCCAAUUUUCGCUUCCUCGGCGGCAUCGGCCCAGGAAAAGAGAGUGCCAUGUUCAAGGUCAGUGGUGGAGGUGAAGCCAGUGAACUGGUGAUUGGAGUAUCGGUUGAGCCCGAGGAGUCCGUCGGCCAGCGGUUGCAGGAACUUGCUGCCAGCAAAUCUGGGAACUCAUCAAGCAGCCAGCCUAGUACUGCUAUUUUGGCGCAGCGUAUCAUUCAAAAUGCUUUCAACUUCCUGUCAAGCUUUAGCGGUACCGCAGGACCCGGUGGUGUAGAGGUCGUGCCGCUUAAGGCCUUCGAGAACUGGUGGCGCAAGUUCGAGUCAAGAGUCCGAGCAGAUCCUAGUUUUCUCGAGAAACAGUCAGAUUAG